CUAUUAGAGAAGGGGUUAUCUCCUCUGCAGUUCUUAUCAGCUUUUUUGGCAAUAAGAAGCUGGCAUGAUAAUGCCUCUAUAGUUCUUUUCACACUUCUCUUUAGCUCAAGAAUGAUGUUGGAAAUGAUUCUGGUGAUCAGUCCAUUAUUUACUUUCUUUUUUUCUUUUUUCCCAAAAACCAUAGGCAUACCUAAACUUUCCUGGAUAGUUGUUGGUAAUGGACAGACGACCACAGUUAUUUCUGGGCGUUGGCGCAGAUUCUGGCGCAGCUGGGUACCGAUCCCGACAAGCGUUGGUGUUACGGUACUGGCAGUGCUGCAAUGGCGCCGGAUACAGAGAAACAGGAGUGAGGAGCAACGGGUGGCAGUUGCCAAGGACUGGGAGGUUACCUGUUACCGAAUCAUCCCUUGCCGCGUGUUCUCACGUGCAUGGGGCUGGCUGAGCAACUGCCACGUACCUGGGCCACUGCGUAGCUAUGUAUACGGUCUGUACUCUUCGAUGUACGGUGUCAACCUGGACGAAAUGGCAGGAGACCUCACAGACUAUCCAAGCCUCGCCCAAUUCUUCACUAGAGAGCUCAGGCAGGGCGUUAGGCCAAUAGACUUGUCAAACUGUGUUGUGUCUCCAGCAGACGGCAGAGUGCUGAACAAUGGAAAGAUCUGCUCCUGUCAUGUGGAACAGAUUAAGGGUGUAACAUACAAGAUCCAGAGGUUCCUGGGGGAGCCAACCUGGCGUCCGACAGCCAAGAAACCGGAACUGAACAUGGACUGUGACAUAGAGUUCGUGCGGGAGGUAGCAGCCGGAUGGUCAAAGAGCAACAGGAUGGACGAGAACGACAACGAGGUGGUGGCUCAUAAAAACAAACGAGUAGUUCCUGAAGGGUACUGGGGAGGAAUAGAUAUUGUGAGAUACUUGUUCAGGCCUGUGGAGGAGGAGUGCUACGUGACUGAGAACUGGGAAGAGUACAAGUCCCAGUUGCUGACAGAUCCGAGGAACGAGUUAUACCAAACUGUGGUGUACCUGGCGCCUGGCGACUACCACCGCUUCCACUCUCCUACUCACUGGCAAGUCAAGUUCAGGAGACAUUUUCAAGGUGAAUUAUUGAGUGUGAAUCCUCUGAUUGCGGGCUGGGUACCAGAACUGUUCAGCCUCAAUGAAAGGGUGGUGUACGUGGGAGAGUGGGAACACGGGUUCUUCAGCAUGACAGCUGUGGGAGCAACAAACGUCGGUUCUAUCAGGGUACACAGUGAUAAGACGUUACACACUAACACUCGCAAGUGGAGAGAUGGCUCCAGGCACAGAGACAAAUACAUGAAUGUUGUCUGGAAGAAGGGGGAGGAGGUGGGAGAGUUCAGGAUGGGUUCUACGAUAGUUCUCAUCUUUGAAGCUCCGAAAGACUUCUCCUUCAAUGUUGGACAAAAUCAGAGAGUCAAGGUUGGAGAAGCUUUGACAUGUCCGUUAAGAAAUUGCAGUAAUUGAUGUAAAUUGUAGAUGAGAUGCGGUAUUCUUUGCUGAACAUCUAAAAAUCGAUGUUUCUCUCUUCAGUGUACUUACUUACACUUUGUUGAUUCCGUCAAGUUGUGAUGAAUGCGAUGAUCUUAGGUAUAAAGUAGUAUAGGCAAAGUAUAUUUUUAAAAUACUGUUUCAAAUGCAACUUAAGUUUAUACUUUACUGAAAUAGUGUUUUGAAAACAGUCAACUUCCGAUUAUGAGAUGAUUAAGGAGGCAGUGAUCACAGUAAACUUAAAAUCAUGGUUGAGAUCACUGAAAAUGGAUACAAAUUUUGUACAAGCCACUGUUGUAAAUCAAUCAAUAAUUACGAUAAGUUGUGUAGAGCUACCUAAAGUCUUAAACUUGGCAGCAUUGGUAGUUGUUAGAUUUCCUUGAAUAAAGCUGCAGAUAUAUGGUAGUGCUAUCUCUAGUGUUGAUCAAGCAAGCAGAAGUAGUUUUGUAACAAAAAAAGAACACUAUUAAUUAAUUGGGUCUUUACAAUAAGUCAAACAAUACAACAAGAAGUUUCUCCUAAGCUGACUGAUUUGAAUAGUUUGUUAUAAUGGAUAUUGUUGAUUAAUGAUGAACAGAUGUGCUAUGUAAAUAUGUCAUGUUGUGUUAUUGUUGUAUAUGAGCUUGGUCUUAAAUCACCUUGAUCCCAUCUUCACCAACCUCAGUUUCAUGCCUACAAUUUGAUGUUUAAAUGAAUUUUUAAUGUCGACACAAACCAGAUCUCUAUAACAUAAUUAAAAUUAUAUCAGUAGCUUAAAAUUAUUCCAGUAAGUUAUGGAAUUUAUUGUUAAAAAUAUUAUACACUAUGUAAAUCUAUUUGGAAAUGAGAAUAAGCUGUUAUUGCCGUAAUGACAUGUCAUUUAUCAAUAAAACCUGAUCUUCAUCUCACUUCUCGUGUUCUGAACGACAAAAUGUGGGUUUUACUCUACAUUUUUAAGUUUGUAAGAACACAGCAGCUACGGUGAACUGGAUGGUCAAUCUCUGUAUAGUCGGGAGUCGAUUAAAGUAGAAAUAAUUAUCAGAUCUGUUCUUUUCAAAAUAGUUUUGUACACAAAGUAUUGCUCAGUAUCAUUCAAUGAAGAGUUAUAGCUGUUUUUAUAGUUAGUGUUUUAGAAGAUAAAACUGAACACUAGUUUUGUCUGAGCUUAUUAUAAUUCUUUUGUUUUGGUUGGAAACUGAUUUAGUUUGUAUAUACCUGAGUCCUCGUUUUUUACAUAAUCGGUUACAGAUCAGCUGGCAUUGUAAUUGAUUUGUAGAAGCUGAUAUAAACAUUUGAAUACCUUCUGUACUAUUCUAGCUGUUGACAUGCAUCCUAUAUCAAAUUAAUUUCACCACUACAGAAUACAGAAUUGACUUAGGGUACAGGUUUAAUAUUUCUUUAUCUUCUUUUAUUUUUCUGUACAUGAUCUGAGGCUGUAGCUCAGAACUUUUAGGCUAGGCUCAGAUAAUUAUCUGUUAACAAUCCAAUAAUGUCAUACCCAACAUGAAUUUGAACCUACUUUAUCGUAUUACAUUGAUUAGACCAACAAAUAUUCUAUUAUUAUGUUGUAAUAUUACUUGAGACAGUCAAUCGAUGCAGCUGUUCUCUUCAAUUCAUUGAGAUUGUGUGCUAGAUCGUCACACAAACGAAGCUUUAGCUAUUACCCUAGUAAACUUAUUGCUGUGCUUAUUAGUGUUUUAUUUAUUUUUAGUUAUACAAUAAAACUUCAAAUAAAUGUCAGUCACUCUUUGGGCAGCUUAGGUAGUUACAUUUGUACUUCCACACUGACUUAAGUUAUUUAGCUAUACCUUUUUUUAUUUCAGUGGUAUAUUAAAAUCUCAUAUCUAUAUGUUGAAAUCAGUUUAUGUGAUGAGGCUGUUGCUUUUAAGCUUAAUUAUUUAAGCUGUGUUACUUUAAUUUAUAAUUUACUGUACUAAUAUAGUAUUUUUAUUUUAUUGUUUGUUAUAAGGUACAAAAUUAGUUUUGACUGGCCUGUAUUUCUUAUUACUUAACUUUAUUUAAAAAAAAAUUAAUGCUAAAUCAAAUACAUCUAUUAUUACAUCACAUUUCGUUAAAAAUAUUUUUUCAGUAAGCUACCAGAAGAUUCCCUACUCCAGCACAGAAAAUAUCUUGAUGUUAAGUAUAAUAAGACAAAACCAACAUGAUUUCAGUUUACUUAUGUAGUUCCACCAAUGUAGCAACCAUUAGCCCUGAUUUUACUAUUUCAUUUAUGACUGAUCUUUCAAAUGAAUGUAAACUUUUCUUUAUUUUUAAAGUGAAACCAUUAUGGGGAAAACAGAACUGUAGACUCAGGUAUAAUCAAACUAGUGAUUAAGUUGAUAUUUUAUGUAAUGUUUAAACUGUAUGAAAGCUGUGUGUAGCGUAAAAUGGGAGUGUAAUUCUUAUUGGAUAGCAUUCAGUGUAUUUAAAAAUAUUUAUAAUUUGUUAUGUUAAGAUUUUUAUUAACAUAUUCAUUUUAUUAAGGCUAGAAAAUUAAGUAAUGAGAAAGACUGGUGCCGUAGAGCAUUAUUAAUGUAUUUGUCAGAAUAUAUUAUUCGAUUCUAUAAUGAA